CACUGCUAGUACCACCAGCAGGCGAGCGACCUCCACCACCACCACCAGCCAGCCAGCCAGUCCCAGUCCCAGUGGGUGCCCGUCCAGCCGGCCGCCCUCUCGCUCGUCAAGUCUGCGCUGCUGCAUAUCGGGUGGAGCCCCCUCUCGAUCCAUCCAUCUUUUCUGACCUGCACCCACCACCGCCACCACUUCCUCGUCCUCCAACAGUGCUGUUACCAAUCCCACUUCUGCCAGCCUGCUGCUGAUCCAUUCUGUUUUCCCAAAGGCAAUCGCCGUCCUCUCCAACGUCUCCCUUCAGAACCCAUUCUUCAGCCUCUACGCUCUUCUCUUUUUGUUUUGCCAUCGUCGGCGCCAGUUCCUCAAGCAAGCAAGACGACGACGUGCUCGACCCGCCGACCCCGCCGGAUCCCUUUCCCUCCGAUAAUGCUGCGAUAGACUUGCCGGUCACGCCCGGCCCGCUGUCACCCUUCCUCAUCCCGUCGCCGCCCGCAGACGAUCUUCCUUCGAGAAUGUCGACUCGACCUCCCGCGACGUUGAGAUAGAACCAGCAUCAUGGACUCCUCCUCGCAAUGCUCGGAGUCGGGCCAGCCGCAACCGCAGCUGCACCCGCAGCACCCGCAGCCCGUCCACCACACGACUGCGCUGCCGCCGCUGCACGCCCACAUCCCUCCGUCCGCCUCUCUGCCGUUGAGAACCGCUCCAACCACGCCCGUUUCCUCCCCCGGCCUGUUCAGCCCUCGUCAUCUCCCGACCACGUCCAUCAGCGAGAGCAAUACGCCCGCUCUCGCGGCCGGGAGCCCGUAUCUGCACCCGCUGCAGACGCACCGAGUUCGAGAGACGCACAAGGCCCUCAUCGAUUCCGACAUCACCACCGGCCGCAAGUCCAUCAAUCAGUAUGAAGUCAUCGAAGAAAUCGGCCGCGGCAUGCAUGGCAAGGUCAAACUUGCCCGCAACACCUCGACCGGCGAGAAUGUCGCCAUUAAGAUCAUUCCACGCUUUUCUAAGAAGCGAAGGCUUGGCAGGGUCACAGCUAUGUCCCCUCAGGACAAGACGAAGAAGGAGAUCGCCAUCCUGAAGAAGAUCCGUCACCCCAAUGUUGUUGCCCUUCUCGAAGUCAUCGAUGAUCCCGAGCUUAAGAAGAUAUACAUGGUCCUUGAACACGUGGAGCUGGGCGAGAUCGUAUGGCGCAAGAAGGGCCUGCCCCACAUCUGCCAAUACGAGCGCCGGCGCAUCGAGCGCGAGAUCCGAGGAGAAGCUCCCACGGUCGAGGAGGAACAGUACAAUCAGAUGAUGGAGCGUCGGCAGGCCCUCAAAGAACUCAAGCGGGCCAAGAUGGCGCAGCAUUUUCCUGGCCCCUCCGACUACUGGAGCGUCGAGCACGGUGCUGCGGACGAAAGUGGUAGCAGCGCUGGUCAGUGGUCGCGCAUCCCCUCGCGCGAAGAUUUUGCCGUCACCGACGGGCAUUCGUCGCCGCCGGGGUCACGCCGAUCGUCGCUGGUGCCCUCUCGCUCGCUAUCCAUCACGUCGAUAGCCUUGGCGCCCACCGAGCUUGAUGAGAACGUCGACUGGCCCGAGGACAUCGAGACGCCUGUUCCGCAAUCGACGGCCACGACGGCUCUCGAGGGCACCAUGUAUGGCGCCUAUGCCGAAGAGGGCGCCUUCCGCGGGCGGUCUCCCAGUGUGGCAGACUCCAUCAUUUCCCACAUGUCCUCGGUGGACUGGAACCCUCGCGCGCACGACCCGUUUGCCGAGGACUUUUCCUUCGUGCCUUGUUUCACGCUGGACCAGGCUCGAUCCACGUUUCGGGACACGGUUUUGGGUCUAGAGUAUCUGCACUACCAGGGAGUUGUGCACCGCGACAUCAAGCCCGCCAACCUGCUCUGGAGCAAGGAGCACCGCGUCAAGAUCUCCGACUUCGGCGUGUCCUACUUCGGUCGGCCCAUUCGCGACGGCGAGUUAGACGAGACUGUGUCUGAAUCGGAAGCUAAGGACUUCGAUGACGACCUCGAACUCGCCAAGACAGUCGGCACGCCGGCUUUCUUUGCCCCCGAACUUUGCUACACCGACAUCGACAAGCAGGAGCAGCCCAAGGUGUCCGAGCAGAUCGAUGUCUGGUCCCUCGGUGUUACCCUCUAUUGUCUGAUUUACGCCCGCAUUCCUUUCCUCGCCGAGGACGAGUUCCAAAUGUUCAGAAAGAUUGCGACCGAAGAGGUCCACAUCUCCCGGAGGCGCCUGAAGCCCGUCGACCCCUCCACAUCGCCGUCGGCCACGUCGUUGUACAAGCGGCAAAAUGCGCACCCCUAUCGUGACGACAAUGACCUCGAGUACGAAGACGUCGACAACCUGCUGUACGAUCUGUUGCGUCAGAUGCUCGUCAAGAACCCCGAAAAGCGCAUCCGGCUGCGUGAUAUCAAGCGCCAUCCAUGGGUCGUCCAGGGCAUCUCCAAUGUUGUUGGCUGGCUCGACGAUACAGAUCCUGCGAGACCGUCGUGUGGCAGGAAGAUCCAGGUUGAUGAGAAGGAUAUGUCCUUCGCCGUUGUGCCCUUAAACUUCCUCGAGCGCGCGCGCUCCGCGAUGAAGAAGGCAGUCGGCAAGGUCAUACACCCUUUAGUAGAGCGGAGUGAUAGCAGGUCUCGACGUCGGGCCACGAGCAGUGCAGCCAGCUCCGCCGGCGACAGCAUGCUCAAACAUACGGCGCCUCCUACGCAGUAUUCGAACGAGAGACGUGCGAGUAUACGCGGAGACGACUACUUUUCUCAAGCGGCCAAGGAUCCUUCCGUUGCGCACCACGAUGCGCCCUUGACACCGUCGGCCGAUUUUCAAGCGGAAAGCGUCGAGUAUGAUCCUCUGGCAACUGUCCUGCCGCCUCUGGAAAAACCACAAGGCGUGAUCUCUACCGAGUCGCGCCAUCUGGUCGCCGGCCAGACUGGAUGCAGCACGCGAUUUCAGCGGCACAACGUGCAGCACAAGAUGAACCACACCUUUUUGAGCCUUGUGCCGCCGCUGCCCCAGACUCAAUCUACGCCCGCCACGCCAAGCUCCGAGCGACAGCAUCGUGAUGCUCUCCAUGACGGAGACUUUGCGAGACGGACGUCACGCAAAUUGGAGCAGCAUCUCGAGGACAAUGGCCGAUCGAUUUCGGUCGACCGCACCAUUUUCGCCUCCUCCGACAAGCGAGCCCAUGCUCAGGUCGGCUUGACAAACGCAACUGUGCCGGGGAACAUUCAAGGACCCCGGCAUUCACGUUCGAUGCGAUCUGUGGAUCUCGGCAGAGGCAAGUAUCCUCAUACCACGACCCCUUCGCCUCUGUCCAGCUCUCCAAAGACCACGGCUCCAUACCAACACGGCCAGCCCAACUCGGACCCGAACUUCAACACGCGGCAACACCUGCGACUCGACGAAAGGCCACAGACGGCUCAUCGUCCCGAGAACACCGCUAGCUCCAGACAAACAGAGUAUCGAGUGUCGUCGAGCCCAGAAAGACUUGCAGCUCAGCCUGUGCCAGCCGAUCCUGUCAAUAUCCCUUGCCCACCGUCGCCUGAACCUGAGGACUGGGCAGCGCACUCUGGAGUGCCACCGCGGGGCAACACCAUGACAUCAUGCAAAUCAUCCAGCAUGGAGUCAAUGGAAUGCAUGGGCACACCUCUUACGAGUCCUAGCGAGACCACAAGUCCUAUCGCGACGGAUAUUCCUCCCAAGAACGCUCCGCAACACAUGCUUAUCUACCAAUCGGACCCGUCUCUUCCAGCACUGCUCAGCGGUGCCAGCUCCAUCUCUGCUGACAUCGAGGGUGAACUUCUUUGUAAACCCGGUGUCGUCAACAGCCGGUCGCCUCGACUUGACUCGUGUGACCAGACACCUCCGGCGUUGACCAAGGACGCUCUAGCGAUGGACCAAGAUCGGGUGUUCCAAAAUGGCACCGCUAUGGAGAGCGGGCCAUUGGCUGUGCAUCUUCCCGCAGCGGAGCCCCAGAGUCCAUCUACUGUUGCGGCUGAUUCGCAACCGGACGAUGCCGAUGAGGAUGCAAGCGACGAUGACAUUCUCGUCAUGGCCAAGUCACGCAAACGAACUUCGUUGCUUCCCAAGACGUCUCCCAGCCGGCCGUUUGAGGCAAAGCGACGCGACACGGGUGCCAGCACAGCCAGCAACGAGACUGCAAAGAAGGUACCCGUCUACGACGACGGCUCGUCCCAGCAAGAGCUAUAACGUACAAACACCUCGAACACCGCUAUCAACGUGCGCGGGGCGCAUCAUUCUGGAAAUGAUGCGCCCUCUAGACUGCACGCCUACUCACAAUUUUUGAAGCCUCACGGCGCGUCAUUAUUUACAUUAGACACCGAUCUACUCACACACCCCGAUCCCACCUCAUGAUACCACUGGGAAGCAACCUUUCACCCUUUAUUGUUGCUCCAAAUGCCUGGCUGCGGCAGCGCAAUUAUAUUGUCCGUAUACGCUGGAAUACGCAUUAGAGACACUGAACGGUCGCGUGGUGAUUGAUGGUCUUGGUCUCAGCGACGGCAUGGACGUGCAGGCAACGGGCCGGCGCCUACAAUCAUCGCUCUAUGCAUGGGGUGGGGCCGGCGCACUUCUUUUUCCCUUCGUCUGAGAGGGACUUUCUGAGAUUUCUCCGAGAAUGAAUUCGAACUCGCCAACGGGUUUGGGCAAUCGGGCAACCAGACCGAGCCCGAAGGCUGUCAGCAGCAUUUUCCACAUGUUCUUUUCUAUCUUACUUUUUACACCAGUAUGCAUAGUAUGGCGCGGGCAAGACAACAUUUUGAUGGUGCUGGGACUGGCCAGGGAUGAUUUAAGGCUUUGAGACGAAUACACUGGCAGGACAUGGAGGCGUGGAUGAUAUCCAUGCUGUUGAUUAGGGAUACGGGCGAGAUAGCGCGGUGGUAUUGGUGUUUGAUGAUAGGUAGCGAUGAUAUCCCCAAUGGAGUGAAACGGCCGGAUGGCCUUUCAACUUGUGCA